UGUCAAACAAAAUGUAAACAAAACACGCACCACGUUAGAUUCAUGCUUGCUAAACGUAAUUACACUUUACAAAAAUGAUUGAUUAUGAAAAAGGUGAUAUAGUCAUUAUAGAAUUAAAAGCGGGAGAGAUUUAUGAUGGAAUUUUGAUUUCAAAAUCUGCCGAACGAAUAUCAAUUUGUAGCACGGUCGAAUAUCCAUCUGGCAAAUUAUUUGAAAAUAUUUGUAAUUUUUCUAUAAAAGAAAUAAAUACAAGUAGAAUAUUAUCUGAUAAAAAAGAUAAUGGCAAUAAUAAAGUGGUAAAUAAAAUUAAUUUAAACAUACAAGAAUAUAAACAUUUGACAAAUCUUAUUAAUUCGUUUAAAUUAAUUAAACAAAUGGAUGUUCGGUUUUAUGAUGCAGUACAAGAAAUAGAAACAGCAGAAAGUAUUGGCAUUGAUGCUAAAGGAUGUCAAAUUGGUCGUUUUUAUAAAAUCUCAUAUCUGAUAAUAAGUGUCUGGAAUCAAGUUUUCGUUUUUGAUAUGGUAAAUUUAGAUCAAAUGGCAUUUAAUUCAGGGCUGCAAUUAAUUUUUGAAAACGAAUUUAUUUUAAAAGUUUGUCAUAAUUCUCAAAAAUUGAACGAUUGUUUAUUACAUAAUUACGGUGUAAAAAUGAAAAAUGUUUUUGAUGUAUUACUAGCCGAUUUCACAUUACAAGAAAGGCAUAAAGAAAAAGACCCAAGGCAUAGAUCUAUUGAAGAUUUGAUAAUAGAGUAUUUAAAUUUGCCCUCAUGUUUUGUGGAUAAAAUCACAGAUGAAGAGUGGACUAAAAGACCGCUGCCAAUUACCUACCAAGAGAUGAUUGCAACUCGAUGUAGUUUUCUAUUAUUUUUAAAAAAUAUUUUACAGAAAAAGAUGAAUGAAUCAUUGAACAAAAUAACAGAUAUGUUUUAUUGUAUGGCAACGGAUACAUUGAAUCCUACUGUAGAAGAAACAAUUUUACCAAAAAGAUUAUUGCAAAUGUUAUAAUGACGUGCUGGGGAGUGGGUAACUUUUUUACUUUUAAAUUAAAUGAAUUUUUUCUGAUGUUAAAAUUUUCCCACUCUUUUUAUAAUUUAAAUUAUCUAUAUAACCCGCCCUCUUGCUAUAAAU